AUGAUAAUUUCAGUUUUCCUAGCAUUUGUGGCUGUUGUCGCUUUAUCCGCUGGGGUGUCGUCGAGCCCAAUAAAAAGAACCUCAUUGGAUCGAGUAAACCCCUUCGUGGUUGAUGGUAACUCCGGGAUUGCGGCCAUGCACAUCGUUUUAACGGAGCCAAACAAGAUCGUAAUAAUCGACAAAGCCCAGGACGAACCCGUUAGAUACCCCGACGGAACAGCCGUUAUUUCGCUAGAAUAUGAUCUCACUGAUGGUUCAAAGAGGUUCUUGCCAUUAAAAACGAAUACCUUUUGUUCGGCCGGGGGAUUUUUAGCAAACGGGUCGUUGGUUCACACCGGUGGUGCCGAAGAUAGUGGUCCCUAUAAAACUGGAUUCGAAAGUUUACGUAUCUUUAAUCCGUGUCAAGACGGGAAAUGCGAAUGGUACGAAAAUCCAGUGGGUUUAACAUCGAAGAGGUGGUACCCCUCAGUUGUAUCACUAUCGGAUGGGAGGCUAUUUAUCCUUGGCGGUUCAACACAGGCUUCCGGUGUCAAUAGUGAGUCGAUCAACAAUCCCACUUUUGAGUUCUUCCCGAGAACCGACCCAAAUCCUGUUCCUUUCCAAUUCUUGGUCGACACUCUUCCGUACAAUCUCUACCCAGCAAUGCACCUGAUGCCUGGACCACCUGGACAAACCCAGCUCUUUAUUCUUGCCAAUAGAGACAGCAUAAUCUGGGAUUGGAGUAAAAAUACCAUUGUGAAAAAAUUACCACAAACUCCUGGCCCUCCACGAAGUUACCCAUUGACUGGCACAUCGGUCAUGCUACCUUUAGAUCCUGCUGAUAAUUACAAACCUAUAGUGCUUGUAUGUGGAGGUAAUGAAAAGAUGGAUCGAACGAGUCCUGCCUCAGAUUCUUGCGCUAGAAUUGAUUUAUCGAAUUUGGAAACAGCCACUUGGGAAGUGGACAAUUUUGGUGGGAUGGGUAGGGUGAUGCCUGAUGCGGUAAUUCUGGCCGACGGUAGAACCCUAUUCUUGAAUGGUGCCGGACGCGGGAUUGCUGGCUACAACAGUAAGGACAAAAAAACUGGGGUAGUAACACAAUUGGCUGACGAACCUGUCCUCGCACCAGUCAUUUACGACUUUAAAAAACCUUUGGGGCAGAGAUUUGCAACUCAACCCCCUUCUCAAAUCCCUAGAUUAUACCACUCUGUGGCAACUCUUAUUCCGGAUGGUCGCGUCUUCGUCACCGGAAGUAGUCCACAGAUAAACGUUGUAACGAAUAACACCCAAUUUCCUACCGAUUUUCGCGUAGAAUACUUUAGUCCUUCUUACAUUACACAAACCAAGUAUCCCCGCCCCACCAUAACGAGCGUGUCCGGAAAUAAGAACCUUAAUAAAGGUGCCAUAAAAGUCAAAUAUGACCAAGAUGUAACGGCGACCCUAAAUCUUAAGGCACAAACUGGGGUAUUCACAGCUGCGUUGAUUCACUACGGAUUCGUGACACACUCGACUCACAUGUCUCAGAGAUACGUCAUUUGUCAAGUCACGAAUGUCAAACAAAGUGCAACUAACGAGUUUACCAUGAGCGUCAAGAUGCCACCGAAUCCAAACAUGAUCGCCCCCGGGAUAAAUUAUCUGUACAUUAAUAAUCAUGGAAUACCCGCUACUACCGCUAUUCAGGUUUCCAUUUCUUAA